UUAGUUCUAGGCUCUCGUGGUUAAAAUGAGACGCUAUUAUCUAAUAUUUUUAUAUCGCUAGCGCAACCACGCGUAAACUCAAACUGUCAAGUGUUCGUAUCGUGAAUUGUGGUUACCUGAGUUUGGUAGAAGCUUAAAGACAGCAAAUCUACACAAAUGUCAGUUUUAUGAUAUUGGGUGAUCGAUAAGGAAUGGAAAUGACGCACCAAGGUGGAGCGGAGGCCGAGAGCCUUCUGAGAGCCGACCAGCGGAGCGCCCUCGUCAUGCCGCAGGGUACAAAACGCUGGGAUGAGGCUGAAAAGGCGCCCUUUCUACGCAAUGAGCCGGUUAAGUUGACGCCCGCAUGGGAGGGCUCCAACCUGCCUAACGACACCCUUAAUCUGAAAGGUAUUGCUAUGGACUUGGUGCCGCCCAGAGACAAAUGGAACCUCAUCUAUCUGACGCUGCUCCUCCACGGACUCGGCACCCUCACCGCGUGGAACAUGUUCAUCACAGCCAAGCCAUACUUCGAGGACUACAAGCUAGUGAAUGCCCGGCAGUAUGCCGCCAACUUCAUGCCAUACGUUGGUUGGGCAUGCCAGAUACCGAAUCUGGUGUUCAGUUGGCUCAACAUUUUCGUCAAGUUUGGCGGCAACCUGACUGUAAGAAUAGUGUGGUCAUUGUGCAUAGAAGUUUGUAUCUUCGUCGUCACCGUUAUUCUUGCUAUGCUGGACUCUUCCGAGUGGCCCGAGGUGUUCUUCUGGUUGACUAUGGUCUCCGUGUUUUUCCUCAACGGAUUCAACGCGAUAUUCCAGAACACGGUGUACGGCGUGGCGGCUCGGCUUCCCCCGCAGUACACCGGAGCAGUAGUCCUGGGGUCCAACAUCUGCGGUACCCUGGUGGUGCUCAUCGGUUGGGCCUCGGACACCUUCACACAGAGCUACAGGACAGCUGCUAUAUACUACUUCAUAAGUGGCAUGUUUGUGCUGCUCGUAUGCUUCGAUACAUACUUUGCUCUGCCUUUGAAUAGGUUCUACCGCUACCACGAGACAUUGCAACAGAGGACGUUACGCGCCAAUCCGACCCUGGCCACAAGCAACCCGGGUGGUAAUCCCACUCAGAAGAAGAUACCCUUCAAACUUAUCAUCAGACAGGCCGCUGUACAACUCUACAAUGUUUUCAUAGUUUUCUUCGUGACACUAGCGGUCUUCCCGACAAUACAUUCAGACAUCAAACCUUUGACUGCCACAGGCUUCAUAGGUGACAACUUUCUUCGACUGACGUGCUUCCUGACAUUCAAUGUUACUGCCAUGCUGGGAAACAUUACUGCGAGUUUAUGGCAGCAUCCGGGUCCUCGUUGGCUUUCUGUUUUCACAACACUCCGAAUACUGUUCAUCCCGCUAUUCCUGCUGUGCAACUACCACCCCAAGGACCGGAUCAGAACUAUGCCGGUGUGGGUGUCCAACGACUGGGCUUAUUGGAUCCUUGCAGUCUUGAUGGGCUGGAGCUCUGGACACGGCAGCUCUUUGGGGAUGAUGUAUGUCAGUGGAACUGUUGCACCAGAGCACGCGUCAACUGCUGGUAUGCUGGGUGGUGCCAUGCUAGUCACUGGCAUCGUGGCUGGCAUAACCUUCUCCAAGUUUGCACCGGCCUUCGUCACUCUCUCGGCCUGGGCUAACAUGUAGCGAAUCAUUAUACCCCUCGAGACAUUCUGGAAUGUUCUCAGGCAGUGAUUAGUGAAGUCGGUUGUACAACUAAAGUGAUUUGAGUGGAAGUGAUUUUUAUUUAAAAUAAGCAGAAAGAUGUAUUGUAAAAGGUGAUAUGUAAAUGAUAUACUUAUAUACAGCGUGGCGCUAUAGUGGUGACAUUAAAUGAACAUAUGAGCUAUUUAACCUUAAUCGUAAAAAAAAAAAAAUCUAAAAUUUAAAGUAAAUACUUGAAAUUUUGAAUUUUUCAAACAAAUUCAAUUAUAUAUUUUGGAACUAAAAUUCUAAUCCCCCUUAUGUGGUCGCAUAUGACGUCACGAAGUAGGUGUCAGUACCUAUGCUAUACCGCGGCUUCUAGAUUUCUUACAGGCUGUUCCGAAAUGAUAUUAUGGAAAAUUUAUUUAAUUAGGUGAAAAAUAUCAUACAUCUAUACAUAUAAAUAAAAUUGGAGUGUCUGUUUGUAAUAUUGAAAUAACCGUUUUUUACUACAUAUAUAUGAAUAUAUAUUUGGUACAUACACCAAAAUAACAUUUUUUACAAUUUCUGUCUGUCUGUGUGUUUGUUCCGGCUAAUCUCUGAAAUGGCUGAAAUGAAAUGAAAAUUUUGACGGGACAUUUAUUAUAUAGCUAGUAUAUGAUAUAUGUAAUUUGUUUAUUAAUUUAAUUUGUAAAUAAUAUAUUUCAUUUCUGAAUAUUUUUUUCUCGUGUGUUUAUUUAAUGUCGCGAUUGUAGUGACAUCCUGUAUAUGAAUAGUAGAAGAAUUUGUGUCCUUAUUAAACCUAUUCUAUGUUGUAUUAUUACUAUGGGACUACAAAUUGUAAUGAUAUAAAUGGGUAAAGUAAAUGAUCACAUAUUUGAAAUUUAACAUUUCGGGUUAAAGUUGCAAUUCUGUAACAAGCAAUAAAUCUACAGAUUUAAAGAUUAUUAACAUAUAAAUGUCUAUAAGUAUAUUAUUUAACAAAAAAAUGAGAAAAGUAUCUAAGAAAUGUGUAUCUUUUAGUGAUAAUGUUGUUGUUUUUGAUUGCAUUUAUAAUAUUCAAGACAUAUGCAAUAACAAUACUGUGCCUAGAUAAAACGAUGUUGGUUGACAUUUUUGAUGUAAAUAUUACAUACACAUUUACUACACUAUUAUACAUAUUGGCAUAAGUAAAUCCAAAGGAUCAUAUUAUAUAUAAUAUGAUCCAUUAUAUAUUAUAUACCAGUGUUUUUCAAUCUGUGGAUCGCGACCUCUAGUGGCUUUACUUAAAGGGUCGCCGGCAGACUACAAUAAAAUCACAAUAUGGUGGUGCUAUUUCAAUAAAAUCAUUUAAUAAUUGAUGUCUAUUUCUAUUUUUAGUUUUAAUGUCCACCAUUGAAGAGAAUGGCAGUUGACACGGGUAUGAAGUGGCGAAUGGUUCAAAUGAUCGUAUAACUUCCUAUUGCAUAAUGUCACUAUGGCAGGUAGAAUUAUUCGACCUAUAAAGGGGUCGCGAAAUAAAUAAGAUUGAAAAACACUGAUAUGUAACCAUACAACACACUAUGAGUAAGCUGACCCACAAUAUUAAGUUUUGAUCUUAUAUAUCACGCUGUUGAAAUAUUAUUCUGUUUUCUUUUACUGAAACUUUGACAUAACAAUUGGGGUCUGAGUGUGUUAUACAGUUUCCAAUAUUGAGUAUUUUAUAGCAGACACAUUAGGUCAUUAUAUCGAACUUGAGGUAUCUUUUAAUGCAUAUUAUUGCGAAAAUGGUAAGGAAAUGAAUACACUGUGUAAAAAAACCUCUGUACGAUAUUUGACACUGAUAUGCAUAAAAUAAAUAUCAAACAUCUUAGAUUAAAUCCUGCAGUAAAAAGAAUAUUUCAUAUUAAAUGUUGUCAAACAUCUUGAGAGCCCCUUAUUUAUUUUUUCGACCAGUAAAAUAAUCAACGGCCCUGAACUCGGUCCAAUGGCGGACAGCUAGGCAUUAGCUGUGCGGCGUCUCAAGCGACAAGGAGAGGGAGAGAGAGAGAGCACACCGCUGUUCUUUUACCGAUGCCGCGAAUCGCGGAAAUCAGAAUUAUAACUCUACAAGUUACUCUCACUCUGUUACCCGUCAACUCGCUUCUGGAUAGCAAGUGCAAAUUGGAUUAUAUUUUUUUAACGUUAUUACUUUUUUUUCACUCUUUUUAAUGUUCCUGAAAAAUCAAUAUUUAUAUUUUCUCACUACUUGAUACCAAUAUACGUCUUAUGAUAUAGUACGGCAUUUUUCUUAACAUCUAUAUAAUGUGUGUUAUCAAAGAGAUAGUAUAAAAUAAUAAUUGGUAACUUUUUUGCGUUCUUAUUAACUUUUGGAAAUUCCAAAUAUGAUUUACAUACAUAUACAAUAUGUAUUAUAAAAUCAUUAUAUCUCUGGAAAGUUCUGUAAUAUCAACCUUAUAAUAGUACAAUACAAUAUUUUUUCAUUGUAAACUUGCAACCCGCACUUGUGCAACUCAAAAAUGCAUGCUAGUUUGCCUGUAAUUGGAUUUACACCAUAAUUUAUACUUAUUUUGUUAUUUUUAUAAGCUAGUAAUAGUGUAUAAUCUGUUGGUGAACCUAAAUAAAUAAAUAAAUCAAUAUUAAACCAACAAGUUCUGUAAUAUUAAAUAGUUAAAUAACAGGUUAGCUAAAAAAAUAUCCAUAAAUCUUAGAAUGUUAUUUUCUAAUUGUGAGUUAGUUCUUUAAUACCAUUUACAACUGUAUACCCCAUAUAUGUUAUUUGGCUAUGAGCUCUAAUGAUUAUAUGUUCUACCCAUUUCGCAUACCCAGAUGUCAUGAGAUAUAUUAAAUAUUGUUAUUGUUAAUGAUAUAGUUAUUUAGUACAAAUUGUUGAUAUAGAUACAUAAUAUAUGGAUCAUGUAGGUUGAUUAAUCUUAUAUUAAAAGGUUCGUGCCUUGAAUUAAUAUACUGUAUUAACGUGGUCUUAUACAAAUACUGUACACAUAUAUGAUUAAAUAUAUACCAUCUAAAAUUUAAUUUAUCUCGGAUCAAGUUUCACCUUGUAUUUGCUAUGUAAAUAUAAUAAUACAAACGUGAUCAAACAUAAAAAAAAUCUUGGGAAUAAAAUGGAUGAAAACAAUAUUGUGUGUCGUUCUCAGAGUUACUGUUUUUUUUUGUUGAUUUCAUUCACUUCAUAGUUGACAGUAAUUAAAGUGAUGAGGUGUAGUGGUAAUUGAGUGUUUCAAACUACCCACCUUAGGAAAAUAUAUUAAGCGAUUUAUAUAGAAUUAUUAUUAAACCAGAAAAGAUCUUUUAUAUGUUGGUACAAUUUUCAGUUAAAAUAAGAUAACAAUAAGAUAUUAAUAAGUGUUAAAAAAAUAUGUAUUUUUUUUAAUUACUAUCACCAUAAUCAGUAUAUUAUACAUUUACUGAUGUAUUUGUAUAUGUAAAAUCAUAUUAUCAUUCUCGGAUCAAAGGUCAAGAUUUUUAAUAUAUCCAGAUUAUUGAAUUAUUUAAUCUCUUUCGGGUGUACGUACACACAUGGCUUAUCCAUUUGACACUUGAUCCUAGAUAUUUUUUUGUGUUUUUAAUUCUUUUUGAAGAGAGAUUGUAGACCCUCAUUAAAUAAUAUUCUGCUGUAUGAACAACUUUAGAAGUAAGAGUUCUGACUUUUCGUGUUCUGUUAUUAGAAGUGGUUAAAAAUUAAUGAUGAAAUUGUCGUUUUAUUCAUAAAAAACUAUGUACAAUAUUAUGUGUUAAAUAUAGCACAAAAUUAAUGUAAUCUAAAAUGGAAUUAAUAUAAGUUAGAUUAAGUUAUAACUAUUACGCUAUUAACAUGUUAAUCUGAAUUAUUUUGACAGACUGAUACUAAUAUUGUGUACUUCCUAUUUUGUGUAGCUUUAGAACAUCUUAAUGUGAAAUCAAAAGGGUUUAAGGUUAAAGGCGAUUUAGACAGAUAUUUUGAGAUACAUACAUCAAGGCUAACUCUAAUGGGUAUGUUUCACUGGGACACCGCUGUUACGCAACUUGUCGCCGCUACCAACAAAAUGUAUACAGCUCUAUAGAGAGACACCUGGUGUCCGUUUAGUUACUAAUUUGGUGGCGUGACCAGCUCGGACGCGUCAUUACUCUGAUGUCUGUAUGGUUAGUUAGUUUAGUUUAGCCGGGCUUUUUAAAAUGUCUUCUAAUUUCAACCAGCAUAGAUCAUUCCAGAAGUCUAGCAGUCUUUUUAAGUUUCUGGAAGUGAUGUUGGAGUGUUUGUGCCCGUUGUUUGGCCACACUGCUGCACUCCAUAAGCACGUGUUCUGGCGUUUCUUCUGCCUCCAUGCAUCCUCUGCACAAGGGGCUGUCUGUUACACCUAUGAUAGACAGAUGGUCGUAUAAGGGACUGACCGGUGACUACACCUACAAUUGUACGUAUAUUGUCCCUGUGUAGUCUCAUCAGGUUGCGGGCGAAUCUCUUUGGGGGCACCGGAUUCUUUAUUUGCCUGCAACUUUUGCUGUUUCUCCAUUCUGUUAGGUGGGAUUGUUCUUUUUUUUUCGUAGCCAUUUUUUAGUUUGGGCCUGAGGUUUGGGGAGCAGUGGCUCAGGUCCAUAUUAUGCUACGACUUCGGAUCCCCUUUUGGCUAGUUCAUCUGCGGCAUCAUUGCCCAGUGAGUUGCUGUGUCUUUCAAUCUGUAUGGUGUCUAGUUUGCUAGCUUACGGACACCACGGUGGCGCGACUGGUUGCGUCUACGUGGUGUCCCGGUGGAAUAUAGCUCUUACGGUCGUUCCCAAUAUACUAUCUACAGAUAGAGAUAAAUUACCUUCUACUGUCAGUAAUUAGCUGUCAAUAAUCUGAAGCUGUCCCAAUAUACCCGAUAAGUCAUUCUUAUCGCCAGUUCAUUGUUGCAAUUACCAUACAAACUUCUAUCCCUGGUAAGCUAUAGCGUCCUCCCAUUGACAGACAGCGUGUACGGAUGAGAUGAGUUACCGUCGAUAAGUUUUCUGGGACAGAAAUACGACGCCUCUUUCUACCGUGAAGCAGGUGUAUCCCAGGUGACGAGCGCAAUCGUAGAGCCGCUAGAAUUUUUGGGUAUCUCAACAAUCCUGAGCGGCACUGCAUUGUAAUGGGCAAGGCGUAUCAAUUACCAUAAGCUGAAGCUGCUCGUCUCGUCCCUUAUUUUCAUAAAAAAAUGUGAAGACAUUUUAUUUUUAUUAUUCUAUAGUAAUUGCCAUUUUCGUAAAUGCUACAGCUCCUCACAUCAACAGCCAAAGAGAAAGUUUAAUUCAAAACCAAAGAGUUGAGUUUGAUUUGCUUGUAUUGUCUCUAAAUAUCUGUCUGUUUUCAAAUAAAUAAUCUUUUAAAAGGACUCUUAAAAGUGUAGCUAUAUCUUGCGUUUAGUGUGUUUCGGCUUAGAUCUUAAAAUUAUAAAGAGGAAUAUCCCAAGUCAAAAACUUAUAGUAUUUUAUCAACUUUCGCGGCAUUUGUGACAGUUGGACGUCACAGAAACUGUCCUUAUCAUACACUUUCUACACGCUUUACAAAGAGAAAAAGAGAUGAACAAGACAUACCAAGAUUUACGAACCAUGCGUUACUCGAACGGUUCGAUCGGGUGGUAAGAGCGCGCGUUAUAGUGAGGGAUAUCACUUUAAAAACAAAUUGUAAAGAAAAAAAGGUGGAGGCUAAAACUAUCGAGAGAAUUUCCUUAAACCGCAUUUGUUAAAUAUAAAAAACCUUUUGAUUUUGCUUUGUACAGCUAUUCCAAAAUAAGUUUUACUAUUUGAAUGUAAUAGUGUUAUAAUAUAGUGUGUUAAGUUGAUAAAGCCAAAUAAUUUUCUUUAGAUCAGCAAAUGACCGAACACACAUUUUGUUUGUAAUCUUGUGUUUGAACUGUUAUUUUUAUUUAUUCCAUAGUAAAAACCCCGUUUUAA